UGAUUGUUAGAUCUGAUUGGUACAACACGUGAGUUAUUAUAACUUAGAUUAUUGUUAGAGUUGAACACCAACAUUGACCAUUUCACUCUUUGGCAGUGCCAUUGAAACAAAACAACGUUGUGAGUCAAACAAGUUUGCUUCACCUCACCGGCGAUUACAUUAAGGUUCAAAGAUUCAAUCUUGAGUUAUUGUGUUGUGAUGGAUCUAACUCAACUCAAUCCUGCACAGAUUACUGUGUAUGGAUCUGCAUUUUGUGUCAUGCUUUCUAUGCAUUUCACUUUGCAAUUAUUGUCUCAGCAUCUUUUCUAUUGGAAGAAUCCAAAAGAACAAAAAGCUAUUAUCAUUAUCAUUCUCAUGGCUCCUAUUUAUGCUAUUGUUUCCUUUGUUGGUCUCUUGGAUAUUAGAGGAAGCAAAGAGUUUUUCACUCUUUUGGAGUCUAUUAAAGAAUGUUAUGAAGCUUUUGUUAUUGCAAAGUUUUUGUCUUUGAUGUAUAGUUACUUGAAAAUUUCCAUUACUAAAAAUAUUGUGCCUGAUGAAAUUAAAGGAAGGGAAAUUCAUCACUCUUUUCCUAUGACACUUUUUCAGCCUCACUCUGUUCGGUUGAACCACCAUAAUCUGAAGCUUUUAAAAUACUGGACAUGGCAGUUUGUUGUCAUCCGUCCAGUGUGCUCCAUUUUGAUGAUUACACUACAGCUAGUUGGGUUCUAUCCAAAUUGGUUGAGCUGGAUAAUUACCAUCAUUCUCAAUAUUUCUGUGUCCUUGGCAUUGUAUUCUCUGGUGAUAUUUUACCAUGUCUUUGCAAAGGAACUGGAACCACACAAACCUCUAGCGAAAUUUCUUUGCAUCAAAGGAAUCGUUUUCUUCUGCUUUUGGCAGGGGUUGGUGCUGGACGGUUUAGUAGCAGUUGGCGUGAUUCAAUCUCGUCAUUUGAAGUUAGAUGUAGAACAUAUUGAGGAAGCAAUGCAGAACAUUUUGGUUUGUAUAGAGAUGGUGGUAUUUUCCGUUCUUCAACAGUAUGCUUAUCACGCUUCACCAUACAGUGGGGAAGUUGAAAAAAUGCUUAAACAAAACAACAAGAAAAAUGAAUGAUAUGGUCAAAGAUAAAAGGCUCAAGCUACAGAGAUGUAUUUAAAGAGUUAUUCAUUGUGCCACCAGAAACAUAAAAACAUUCGAUGUUGUAUGUUCUUUUGAUAAAGAAUAUUAUUAUUAUUAUUAUUAUCAUUUGUAUAAUUGUAAUGUAGUAGGCUGUCCAUCAUCCUUUACCGCCAUAAACUCACCUUAUUGGUGACUGUAAUUUUCCAGCUCUACCUACAGAAACUUGGCUUUUAUUUGAUCACUUGAUGUCUACUAUCUAGUCUGUAUCAUUUUGCUUAGAAUGAUAAUUGUUUGUGAUUUUUGUUAGAUGUGUUUAUGGUUGAA